GUAUCUGUCAUCGGGAGGUUGCUUCUCUCCGCGACCGCGUCAAACGCAUCAUCUACCGGCCGUAUCUUCCUCCUUUUUCCGCCCUUCCCGCUCAGUUCAAACCCAAACGUGCACUUCUUUCAUCCCUCUGAUAAGAGGAAACGAGAAGCCAAAGAUCAGAAAAAAAAAGAUCUCUUUCCUCUUACCUGCUCUUGUCUUCAUGAUGGAGACCCUGAGAGGUUUGCGGGUUCCGCCUUCCCUCUCUGGUUUUGGUUUUUCAGACUUGUAAUAGCUGCGGCCGCGGCGGCGGAGGAGGUCGAGGGAACGAAGCGUGAGCAGGUAGGUGGGGGGAGAUGAGCGCGUCGAGCUUUGUAAAGUGCGUCACGGUGGGCGACGGGGCCGUCGGCAAGACCUGCAUGCUUAUUUCGUACACCAGCAAUACUUUCCCCACGGAUUAUAUUCCAACUGUCUUUGACAAUUUCAGUGCAAAUGUUGUGGUUGAUGGUAACACAGUUAACUUGGGCUUGUGGGAUACUGCAGGCCAGGAGGAUUACAAUAGAUUAAGACCUUUGAGCUACCGAGGUGCAGAUGUUUUUCUUCUGGCAUUCUCUCUUAUAAGUAAAGGAAGCUAUGAGAAUGUAUCUAAGAAGUGGAUUCCUGAAUUAAGACAUUAUGCACCUGGUGUGCCUAUAAUUCUUGUUGGAACAAAGCUUGAUCUACGGGAUGAUGAGCAGUUUUUCAUAGAUCACCCUGGUUCGACUUCCAUUACUAACGCUCAAGGCGAGGAGCUGAGGAAGCAAAUCGGUGCUCCUUGCUACAUCGAGUGCAGUUCAAAGACCCAAGAAAACAUUAAGCCAGUGUUCGACGCAGCUAUUAAGGUGGCACUUCAGCCGUCGAAUCGAAAGAAAAAGAAGAAGAAAGCACAGAAGGGAUGCUUCAUCUUGUGAUCAGAUGAGUUCUCAAAUUGUUUUAAGGUUUUACUGUUUGGUGUAUAUCAAGAGCAGUUGCAACACAUGGAAGCAUAUCUGAAAAAUGAUCCUUUUUCUUUUCUUCCUUUUCUUGUGAUUUGUAGUUUUAGUGCAUGUAUCUUCGGAUGAUCUAUUGUCAUGUUGUGGAGAAAAUCUUGCUCGAAUCAGUUUUCCUUACACAAGAAUAGUAAUCUAAGCUUAAGCUUUGCUUUCUACAAUUGAUUGUUCAGUUAAAUCUUUUUUUUUGAAGAUGAAAAAAUUACUACAUUAAA